UUUAACUCCUCCUUCAGUUUAUCAUUAACUCCUCCUCACACUGACCACAGCUCAGGGCUGAUCUUCGUCUCAGGAGAAUGUGCUGCUGACAAACGUAAACCUCUGACACCUCCACUCACUGUUGCCUCCCCUGAAUCCAGUUGACAGGGACAGAAAGUGAAAGUACAGACAGAGCACAUAAAAGAGGAAGCAGCACAGCACACCUGAGCGUCGCAGGACUGAGGUGUCAGAAAUGGAGGACAGAUCCACCGAGAGCCCGGACGAGGACACUGUGUUUCUCAAGAGCAACGUGAAGACGCCCACCAAUGGCGGUGUGAAGCAGACACUGGGCGUGAUGAAGUCGCUCAGGAGGAGCAUGAGACGCGCCGCGGAGAAGAACCCGCUUUUACCAGGCAAAGGGUCAAAGGUCACGCGUCCAGCAGACACAGCUGGAAAUGAGUCGGGGUCACAGCUGCCUUCAUCACCCAGUCCGAGCGCCGGCUCUCCGGUCGUCUCUCCUCUGAAGAACCUCGGCAGCUUCUUCCAGAGAAAAGAGGACGAUGAGAGCGAUGUUGCCUCCCAGAGAAGCCAACCUCUAAAGCGUUCGAAGACGGAUCCCAACAUGUCUGCGUCCAGGGAGAAUUUCGUGAGAAGGUCGUUUCGUCGAAGCAUGUUCACCACCAAGAAGGAAAAAGAGCGGAGAGGCCAACAGGAGCCGCUCAACACCGUCACCGAGGGCUCAACGGAGGAGAGGACGGAGGAGGUGGAGGAGGAGUUAGAGGAAAUGUACACACUGCAGGAAUUGCCCCACACACCACUGUCAGUGAUGCAGAUCAGUAAGCUGAUAGAGAUGGAGGUGCUGGAGGAGGCUCACCUGAACCUGCUCGCCCUGCGUCAGGAGCUCCAGCAGGAGUUGGAGCGCU